GCUGGUGUCUCGGCCUCAGGGAGCGGCCGGAGCGCGGACAGAAGCGGAGGGAGUCUGUCGCUGUGAGUGAAUAGGGGCUGGUGAAGAGGAGAGGCCUGUGCUUGAGACGAGGAGGCGGCCGGGUCUGACAGGAUCGAUCCCCACUGUCCUACGGACCCCCCUUGUGUGUGCGGCCUGAUUGGGCUGACUCUUUAGUACUGAAAUAAAAAGUAUAAAGGGGAAAGGAUGGGCCGAAUCUUCCUGGAUCACAUCGGGGGCACCCGCCUGUUCUCCUGCGCCAACUGUGAUACGAUUCUGACCAACCGCUCGGAGCUGAUCUCCACCCGCUUUACAGGGGCCACAGGGAGAGCAUUUCUGUUCAACAAGGUGGUCAACCUCCAAUACAGCGAAGUCCAGGACCGCGUCAUGCUCACCGGGCGUCACAUGGUCCGAGACGUCAGCUGUAAGAACUGUAACAGUAAACUGGGCUGGAUCUACGAGUUUGCUACAGAGGACAGUCAGCGCUACAAGGAAGGUCGGGUGAUACUAGAGCGGGCGCUGGUGCGAGAGAGCGAAGGCUUCGAAGAGCAUGUGCCGUCCGACAACUCCUGAAACAGCGCCACCCUCUGGCCUCUAUUAAGCACCAACAACACCCAUUCUCCUCUGCACAUAAACACACUGUUACCUUCAUCUCAGAGAUGCCUCCUGAAAGGGAUCCGUUUGUUUCAAUUCCAUCUUUUUCCCCUUUGAGAGAAUAAUAAAAUUUCCCUUUUCAUGGAUCGACCACUUCAAUUAAAGGGAAAGUAAAGAUGGCGGUUUCCUUUUUUUGAACUUUUCCCCAUAGCUUCCCCAUUUUUCUUUGUAGAAGUGACGUCCCCCUCCCCCAAUUUGCUUUCUCCACUGAGUCUCUGUACAGACGUCCUAAAGGUUCAGCGUCGGGCCGGCUUGUGUUGGCCCCAAAUUCAUCUACUUGCCACAGGGGUUUAGUCUGGUGUCAGAUUAGUUUCAUGUUUCUAUUUUUCUGAUACCACCGUAUCGAGAUCUCGUCAUGUUUAUAGUGUGUUGCAGGUGGUGUGGAUUAAACAAAAAAAAAAAGGAUAAAAAAUGUGGAAAAAAAGAUAUAUUUUGAAAUGCAAGAAAAGUGUUUUAUUAGUGCAUAACAUUAGUAAAUAAAGAAUAAGUUCAGCUAC